GGGACACGCACCGCGCUGGAUCCCGAUGGAAAAAAGAACAACAAGGGACGAUCGUUGUCGCAUCACAUCUUCCAACGCGUAUAUUCGAGAACCUGUCCCGAGCCUGAAAAAAGGACGUGAAAUCGAAAUGCACGGUUAAACGACCGACCACCACCGGUCGCGCGUGUUCCGCCGCUAAUUCCUUAACCCCGAGAGAUGCAUUCCUGCAGUGGUUAUCAAGAUCGUCCAUAGACCUCAAUUACUAUUCCGUCGCUGGCAGUAAACAAAACACGAAGUUUAUAGGAAAAACAGGCAAGGCAGUUCAAGUGAACAGUACUGCACGGUCCUUUAUCGCGUUCCAUCUCUGUCCGAUACAGUCGAGUGGCCGAGCGAGUCGCCGUUAGCUCCUCUCGUUCUAAUUAACGAGCGACCUGUGCGCGUCCGACGAACAAAAGCGAGACAACUAUGGGGAAUACCAACUACAGGACGAAGAGAGAGCGAAGAAGGGAGAUGGGGCAGCAAACGAGGAAGAAGGAUGUGAAUACUAGCCGGCCAACCACGUGAUCACCGGGCGGGGGUGGCAGGCGACAUUUCGCAUGCUCAGAACUCCACAGGCUGCAGCGUAUCGCACACCGAGCCGAUACCCUUCGCAGGGAAACAAUAGUGCUGGCCGUGUCCGUGGGAGAGAAUCCGUCACAGAACUUCGACGGGUAAACGCGCACCGAGACAAAACGUUGCCCAUAGAGAUCGUCUGCCAUUCGGUUCGACUCGUACGCUCUCGUCACCCGGCUUCCACCGUUUCACCCUCCGAGAGACGUGUGCAGAGCAACGGGAGAUGUAUCCUCGGGAAAUCGUUGUCCAAGCUUUGUCAGUUCGCCCGCCUCAUUGCUAGUUUCGCGGCCUGACAAGUGGUUUCUCGUAUGGAGAUUCGUCGAUCGGUAUAAUUCUGUAAUUGUUUCCUCCUGCGCGUUGGCAAACACAGAAUCUCCUUGAAUCGUAUCAACGCAAAGUGAACUGUUGAUUGUGCAGUUUAUCGUGAAAUUCCAAUCUGCAUUCAACGAGUGACAAAUCAGGAAUUGUACAUCCUUUCUUCAGCGUUUUCAGGUAGAUAAGAGUUUUCUCUGGUUAUCAGGAACUAACACUGUCGGGGAGAGUGCAGUGCGUCCGUCGGGUGUCAACGAUGUUCUCGUGGUCGUGGAAAGUGCGAGAAAAGUGAGAGGUAGUGUGCUUAAACUUCAAGUGCACCCUGUACACGCAUUCAAUCACGUACACGCGACGCGAGGAGGGAUGACGAUGCUAUCGGGAGGGAACCAACUGCAGCUUCCUUGAUCCACGAAUAUUCUCAUCGAAGCACCCUCGCUUGGUCCAGCCGUAAACACCGGAUACAAGACGGAGUGAUAUGUUAACCGAAGACAAUGACCCGACGAAACCAGCAGGGGUUUUAGACAAUGCUGGCAACGUGUCUUCGUCCACAGAGGCCUCGGUACAACACCCUCGAGCCGCGAACAAUGAGGCGGAAGUCAAGAACGAGGUGCAAGACUGCCCUGAGAACGACAGCGUGCCCAGCGGGGAAUUGUACAUCGACGAGAAUGCGGAGGAAAAGGAGCAGGAGUAUCCGGAUUCCAUGGAGAAGGACUACAGUUCAUUGUACGGACCCAAUCCAUUUUAUACCAGUUUAUAUAAUUCACCUUCCUGCGGAGCAGCAGCCACCGCGAAGAACAGCUCGGGCUUGCAAAGUUCUUACUUGACCUCGUACACCGCGCCAAGCUCCAUGACUCAGUACUCCUCUUAUGCUACCUACAACAGCGGCACUGCGAACUUCCCCAACGUAGCCCAGAAUAUAUCAUCCUCAUCACAGAAGCUGGACUAUAGCGCCUACAGCAGCAGUUUAUACGGAAACGACAGGGUAUCGUUACAGUAUUCCGGAUAUUACCCCAUGCACGGCUACCAUGCGUCGCCUGCCUCGUUUAACAUUGGGAACCUAAAUUUCGCUGAUUCGACAAAGUCUGCGCUCACGUUGGACGCAACAACUCACGAUGCCAGCGAUCUUACCGCACGGGAAACCGCAAACAUCGAAGGUAACACGAUUCGGGCGACAGCGAAACCUUGCAGACGCGGAAGACGCCAAAGCGGAAGUGGAAACAGUAUAGGUUCUGCGGACACGACAGAAGCCGGUCCCGACCGGAUAUUCAUCUGGGACCUUGACGAAACCAUAGUUGUGUUUCACUCGUUGCUUACUGGACUAUUCGCAACGAAGCACCGUAAGGAUCCCACCCUUCUGGCACAAGUGGCGUACAGGAUGGAGGAAAUGAUAUUCAAUUUGGCUGAUACUCAUUUCUUUUUCAACGAUGUCGAGGAUUGCGAUCAAGUGCACAUUGAUGACGUAUCAUCAGACGACAACGGGCAGGACCUGUCUUCCUACAAUUUCGCUACCGACGGCUUUCAAUGUGCAUCUGCGAACAAUGGCAUAUGUUUGGCUUCCGGGGUCAGAGGCGGUGUCGAUUGGAUGCGGAAACUGGCCUUUCGAUAUCGUAAAAUAAAAGAAAUCUAUAGCAAUUACCGAAACAACGUCGGUGGUUUGCUUGGGGCGGCGAAACAGGAACAGUGGCUACAGUUGCGUUCAGAGAUCGAAGUACUGACCGACAACUGGUUAACAUCCGCUGUAAAAUGUUUGAGUCUCAUCAAUAAAAGAAGCCAUUGUAUCAAUAUCUUGGUGACCACUACUCAAUUAGUGCCAGCCCUGUCGAAAGUGCUACUCUUCGGGAUCGGUGGAAUAUUUCCUAUCGAGAAUAUUUAUUCCGCCUCGAAAAUCGGAAAGGAGAGCUGCUUUGGAAGAGUGGUCGCACGGUUUGGUCGGAGAUGCACCUACGUGGUUAUAGGAGAUGAUUCCGAUGAAGAAACAGCGGCACGCGCCCACAAUUUCCCAUUCUGGAGAGUAAACAGUCAUUCGGACACGCAGUCGUUGUAUAACGCCUUAGAAAUGGGAUUUCUUUAAUCGAAAUAAAUUUAGAAGGCGGAGGGAGAGACAAUUUAAAGAAUACGUUCAAACGAAGGACACUUUAAUUACGUGGAGACUUAAUCGAAAUACUUCUAUUUCUAUAUUCUUUACUCUGUCCGAGAGUAAACGGAUGCUACCAUUGAGUGAACAUUUCAACAUUCCUACUAUUUAUCGUAAUACGCGAGUCGAGGAUCGGCUGUUCCUCUGACAUCGCGAUACACAACUUAUUGGAGCAGGGUUCACAAGUGAUAUACGAUGAAAGUAAAAGAAACGAGUGAAAGAAAUUUAAGAAUUAAAGAUUUAUAUAGAAUAACGAAGAUUUCCAAGUCAUUCCCGCACGCUUUCGGCUGUACAUUCGACACGAACAUUCGUUGGAAACUGUGCGUAUCGUUUCUGUGUACUUAAACGCAUUAUUGCAUUUCCUGCUUUACAAACAAUAUAGGGAAUGUGCAGGGUGAGAUAACGACAAAGUUAAUAGGUUUCCGUAGGUAGACACUAAAAUUAAAAAGCCUACAAGUAGGCUUCUAAUAGGUAAAAUUUGGAGCGAGAUUUAUCUGAAGCAUUCGUAUCUAUCGUCAAAGCGAACAAGUUAUUUCAGGCGGCUUAUCUCAAGUACCUCACCCUGUAAAAGUGGUUGAAAAAGAUUAGAGCAAUGAGGUAGUAUGUGUAACUUUGUUAGUAAAAUGUUUUGAUUGACGUGUAUGUCGAAAUCUUUUAAGAAAGUUUUAUAUGAAUAUUGUGAUACAGUUUAAUCCAAUUAUUUAAUUGCAACGCGAUCCCAGUAAACGUAAUAAAGCAUGGUUAAAGCAGAUACUUUCUAAUGCAUAGUUGGUGAGAAUUAUAGUCACGUUUUGAUUAGUUAUAUUAUAGGGAUAUACGACUGAAAUACUAUGCAUUCUUAACAUUUCAUUUGUUCGCACGUAUCGCAUACUACUAAAGAUACUUAGGUAUAUAUAUUUUUGAAUCGUUCAUAUCAUGAUGUGGUUAAAGACUUCUUCCGAAUUUCAAACUAUUUCGAAUUAUCUUAACGGGGAUAGUAAUUUAUAGAUCGUGUCAUUAAAAUUUAUAAUUUUACAAGAGUAUUAUGGACGCGUAAAUAAUAUUUUCAAAGUGUACAGGGAGUAGGUUGUAUACUUAAAAUUUUAAUUAAUAACGGGAAUAAGAUUAGCGAAUGAUAACCAAAGUUAACGUUGAAUAACUGUAAAAUCACUUUAUAUAAGUUUUUAAAAUGUAUCGUGUAUUCGUUAAGAGAACAUUUGCAGAAGAUGAUAAAAAUAUAAGGAUGUAUUGUGCAAAUCAUAUAUUCAACAUGAUCGAUUUUGUUUCUUUCAUAAGUGGUUUUCUUCUGAAUCCAUAUUAUUUCGUUGAAGUUUUCGAUUUAUUCAUAUGCCCACUUAUAUUUGUUCUUAAUUUCAAAAUUGCGACAAAACAGUGCAAUUGUGCAAAACAAAGUUGUCGGCUAUGGAUUUAUAAAAUUACACGUUAACCUCAAUAGUACAAAAAUCUGCACAAGCUGUGAAAUUAUUAUUAAUAGAACUAAUUGAAAUUAACAAUUUUUCUUUUAGCAAAAUACAACCCGAAUCUUCUGUGCAUAAUGUAUAUGUUCGAGAGAAAUUCAUUUUUUCGUAUGUACCUUUCAGUUACAUCGAUGUAUUGAUGAUUAGACGUGAUACUGUGAGUAUGUGUAUUAAAAUAAGUUGAUGGUAUAGAAGAAAAGUUGUAAUAUCAUUAUCACACGAAUCGAGUGUUAUUAUUUUAUUUUGAGCACGUUCGUUUUCGUUUCUCGCAACAUUCCUUUGUAUGUUCAAGGUUAUAUUAAACGCACAGUGAUGUGAAUCCUAUUUUUAGUGUCUGUAUUAAUUUGAUAAUAAUUGAAGGAAUUGUAUUACGUGAACUGUGCCUAUUGAAAUUACAUAUAUUUUUGUAAGUA